CCAAGUUCUUUUCAAGGAGGCAGAAUGGUGUCUUUAAGAUAAAAUUGUCAAUUGUGUUCUUUCUUAAAAAGGGGUGUCUCCUUCUGUUACCCAAAAGCUAAAUAUCUCCUCUUUCUUUCUUUCUGGAUUACCCUCCUUCCUUCCACCACUAGUACUUUUAUUGGAAGGAUGGAAGAAGUAAAGGUGUCACCAGAAAAUAAGCACAAAGGAAGGUUCCAACGAAUAUGUGUAUUCUGUGGUAGCAGGGUUGGAUAUAAGUCUUCAUUUAGUGAUGCAGCUCUUGAGCUUGGUAAAUUGUUGGUUGAAAGGAAGAUUGAUUUAGUUUAUGGAGGAGGAAGAUUAGGACUAAUGGGUUUGAUCUCUCAAACUGUGCUAAAGGGAGGUCGCCAUGUUCUUGGUGUGAUUCCUAAAGCUCUGCUGCCUCUUGAGAUAUCUGGGGAAACUUUUGGAGAAGUGAAAACAGUUGCAAAUAUGCAUGAAAGGAAAUCAGUAAUGGCUAAACAUGCUGAUGCGUUCAUAGCCCUUCCUGGAGGCUAUGGAACCAUGGAAGAGUUGCUGGAGGUGAUAGCAUGGUCCCAACUAGGAAUACAUGAUAAACCAGUGGGUUUGUUGAAUGUAGAUGGGUAUUUCCACAGCUUGCUGUCCUUAUUUGACAAGGGAGUGGAAGAGGGUUUUAUAGACAACUCUGCAAGGAAUAUUGUAGUCAUAGCAGACACAGCAGAAGAACUCAUAAAGAGAAUGGAGGAAUAUGUCCCCAACCAUCACAAGGUUGCAACAAGACAAAGUUGGGCAAGGGACCAAUUAUUAUUUGAGCCUACUGAAACUGGGGAGAUCCUAUGAUCUUAGAUGUCUUUCAUCCAUAUGCAUAAAGAAUAUAUAAAGAAAAGUUUAGUCCCAUAGAAAAAAAAAAAAAAAAAAACAAGUACCAUUUACUCUCUCUGUCGUGGAAAUUUUAAGAUUCCACAUUAUUAAGCAUGAAACUGAAAGACCCAUUGACUCCGUCGUUAAAUUAUAUACCAUAACGAGGAGGGCAGAAAAGAAAAAGAUAAUGUAGUUCUUUUUUUUAAGAAAGAUACGUUGUUCUUAAUUAUGAUUAUUCACCUUUAAAAAAAUUGAUUAUUCAUUUA